AUGAAGCUCACUCUUCUUACUACCGCAUUGAUUGCACCUUUGGUGUCGGCGCAUUACUUCUUCGACACCCUCGUCAUUGACGGCCAGGAGACCACUCCUAACCAAUACGUUCGUUCCAACACUCGGCCGGCCAAAUACAACCCUACAAAAUGGAAAAACACCCGCGACGAUAUGACCCCGGAUAUGCCGGACUUCCGCUGCAAUAAGGGCUCCUUCACCUUCGCUGGCCAGACCGGCACGGCGGAGGUCAAGGCAGGGUCGAAGCUUGCAAUGAAGCUCGGCGUGGGAGCGACGAUGAAGCACCCUGGCCCUGGUCUCGUGUAUAUGUCUAAAGCGCCCGGCUCGGCCAAGCAGUAUGAGGGCGACGGCGACUGGUUCAAGAUCCAUGAGGAGGGCAUUUGUGACCAGAGCAAGGACAUCAAGACCGAUGCCUGGUGUACCUGGGAUAAGGACCGUAUUGAGUUUACAGUUCCUGCGGACCUGCCGGAUGGAGAGUAUCUGAUUCGGCCGGAGCAUAUCGGUGUGCAUGGAGCACAUGAUGGACAGGCUGAGUUCUACUACGAGUGCGCUCAAGUUAAGGUCACAGGUGGUGGUAAUGGAAACCCAGGACCUACGAUCAAAUUCCCAGGUGGUUAUAAAAAGGAUGACCCCUCAUUCAACUUCAGUAUCUGGGGAGGCAUGAAGGAUUACCCAAUGCCGGGUCCGGCCGUCUGGACUAGUGGUUCAGGCUCUAUUGAUGCUUCUGCUAUGGUCAACGUGACUGAAACGGAUGCUGCUUCUUACUAUUCGGAGGAGACGGAUACCUUCGCUGUAAGGGCGCUUGGUUUAGACAAAAGAGGGGAAAAACAUAUCGAGGAGAAACCUACUAUAUCCAUUUGUCCCCCUACCUUAAGAUCUCCCCAAGGAAGAAAGGCAAAGCAAUCUAUCUUAAAGAACAAACAAGCCAUCGGAAUUAGAAUGACUAUACAAUCCUAUAAAAUCGACUAUGCAAACACCCAAACUUCUAACUCAUACGAACUCAAGCCAAAGACAAGUCCUUUGCAGCACGCCAAGCCCAAUAUCUUUCCAACACAACACUCGAAAUGCGUCUGGUACGCUCUUGCAGCGCCAAAUCCACCACAGGUGUCCCAUAGUAUCCACAAUACUGGCUCUUUGGGCAAUUGUCUCGGCUUCGGCAUCAAUGACGAAUUCUGGCCACAGCGAGGACAUAUAAUGCGCAUCCAGGGGAUUAAGCAGUCUGAAAUUGAAUACUUCGGCAUCAAAUCCUUGGAAGGCAGUCCGUCGUAG